GUGUUAUUGCAAAGAGCGCUUCGGAGCACGAGCGCGGGGCGCGCGCACCUAUAAAUACGGCCGGCCGGGCCCGGGAACACGCGAUCGCGCGGCGCGCAGGGCCGGCCAGUGCGCGUGGGUCCCGGGCGUGGAGGGCGAACCAGGAGCGCGUGAGUCCCAGCGGCGCCUGAGCGCCCAGGACCGAGCAUGGCCCGCCUGCGGGAGGGCAGGGCCGCCGCCUCGCACACCGCCCGCGCCCCGCGCCCUGCCCAGCCCGGGUCGCCGAGGCUCGCGGCCGCCGCUUAGCACUAGGCACCCGCCACUCGCUUCUCGGGCACCGCGGAACUGACGCCGCAGACGGACACAAUGGCGGCGGCGACUGCCACCGCGGGCACGGCCGCCUGCAGCAGCAGCAACAGCAACAGCAGCAGCCGCCGCGGCACGGACGCAGCGGCCACCAGCGGGGUGCAGGCGCCACCGCCGCCUCCGGCCACCGCUAAACCCGAGCCUCUCCGUAAGUCGCGCGUGGACCCGCGGCGCCGCCAGGCUGCCCUGUCCUUCCUCACCAACAUUUCUCUGGAUGGACGGCCGCUGCUGCAGGACGACGAAUGGGGCGGCGGCGAGGAGGGCGGCGCGACCAAACCGGGAGCGAGAGCUAGGAUCAGCCUGCUGGCCGCCGGCUGCAACGCGUUCUCUGCACCGGGCACCGCGGUCGCGCCGUGGACAGCGGUCUCCGGUUCCAGCCCUUGUCCGCUGCCUCCGUCCCUGGUCCCCCGGCCGUCGGGGGAAUCGCUGCCUCCCCGUUCAGCCCCAGCUGUCACGGGUGCUCAACUGCAGCUGCCCGACGGUCCGGGGGGUGUCGAACAGGAGGAAUUGGAGGAGGACGAUGCCUUCAUCAACGUGCAGGUGCCUCUGGCCAGCUUCUUGGGCUCUGGGACCCCCGGGAGUGCGAGCGGCAGUCGGGGCCGCCUCAACUCGUUCACUCAGGGAAUCCUGCCCAUCGCCUUCUCCAGGCAGAACUCGCAAAAUUACUGCGCCUUGGAGCAGCCAGGCCAGGGAGCCUUGGAGCAGCUGCAGAGGUCCCGGCGUCGCCUUAUCUCCCAGAGAUCGUCGUUAGAGACCCUGGAAGAUAUUGAGGAGAAUGCCCCUCUCCGGAGAUGUCGAACACUCUCAGGUUCUCCCAGACCAAAGAAUUUUAAGAAGAUUCAUUUUAUCAAGAACAUGCGCCAGCACGAUACCAGGAACGGCAGAAUAGUCCUUAUCAGUGGCAGAAGAUCCUUCUGUAGUAUAUUUUCCGUGCUGCCGUACCGAGACAGUACCCAAGUCGGGGACCUGAAGUUGGAUGGAGGGAGGCAGUCAGCAGGGGCCAUGAGCCUGAAGGAGAUCAUUGGCCUUGAUGGUGUGGAACUGGGUGCUGAUGGGAAGACAGUGUCCUAUACCCAGUUCCUAUUACCCACAAAUGCCUUCGGAACCCGGAGAAAUACCAUAGACUCCACCUCCUCCUUCUCCCAGUUCCGGAACCUGAGUCACCGCAGCCUCUCCAUAGGCCGGGCCAGCAGCACCCAGGGGAGCCUUGACACAGGAAGUGACCUGGGAGACUUUUUGGACUAUGACCCAAAUCUCCUGGAUGACCCGCAGUGGCCUUGUGGCAAGCACAAACGCGUCCUGACUUUCCCUUCGUACAUGACCACGGUGAUUGACUACGUGAAGCCCUCAGAUCUCAAGAAGGACAUGAACGAAACCUUUAAGGAAAAGUUCCCUCACAUUAAGUUAACACUCAGCAAAAUCAGGAGUCUGAAGAGAGAGAUGCGGAAGCUUGCCCAGGAGGAUUGUGGCUUUGAGGAGCCCACGGUGGCCAUGGCCUUUGUCUACUUUGAGAAGCUUGCCCUCAAGGGGAAGCUGAACAAGCAGAACCGGAAGCUCUGUGCUGGAGCGUGUGUGCUGCUGGCAGCCAAGGUCGGAAGUGACCUCAAAAAACAUGAAGUCAAGCAUCUAAUUGAUAAACUGGAAGAGAAGUUCCGGCUGAACAGGAGAGAACUGAUUGCCUUUGAAUUUCCGGUGUUGGUGGCCUUGGAGUUCGCACUUCAUCUUCCAGAGCACGAAGUCAUGCCCCACUAUAGACGCCUGAUCCAGAGCUCCUAGCACAGGCCCCAGGAGGGCCAAGGACGCUUCCUCUGAGUGCAGCAGCCUCGCUGCUACCAGAGAGGAGGGCGGGAGCCUGGUAUACCACGCUGAGUCUCCUGGCAGCUGUAUUUUUUACGGAGAAGCCGUACCUGGAACUGGCUAGGGAGAUGUCGCUCAGGCUCACCAGGAGGAGCAUGGGCUGGGGAUGAGGUUCCCGGGUCCCCAGGCGGAACUCAGUUGUGUCCAUUCCUCCCAGGCCCAUGUGAAGUUCGAAGCUGCUCAGGGCCUUUUCUGCAGACUGGUUCUGACUGGGAGCGUGCUGUGCUAGAACAGAGGGAGCCGAAUGUGCAGGGUUGGGAGAAGCUGCUUACAGUUCCCUCUCCCUGUGUCAAGAGCGUGCCAAUCUAUUUUUAUAUCUGCCAUCGGAAGUGCACUUUCCCUGGGCACAAGGGUGUGGGUGUGCGAGUGUCUUAGGGGCACUGUGACACUUGACUCCCAAGCCAAUCCCCACCUUCUAUGGAGCUGACCUACAAUGAUUUCUAGGUAACAAUGACUCAGAUCCAGAGUGACUUCUCUGCUCUUAGGAAAUAACACUGUUUAGAGACUGAACCUGCCACCCACCGGAGGGGCAGCAGUUCCCAGCCGGUGUAGCGUAAGUCGUGUAGAGUGGCGCUGGGAACUUCCUGCCGCCACACCACGGGCUUCUGUUUAAUGCUCUAGCUCCUGCCUGUGGAGACACGAGGGCUGCACUCCAUAGCGUGUAUUCCUGUACUCUAUGUUAGAGUGCGUAAUGAGCGCGUUUAUUGUGCUAAAUACAUAUAUGUGUGUAUGUUUUAAAAGUCUGUAUUGGGGGUAAGACGCAUGAUUGGAGUCUUGUGGCUUUUGCAGCUGGGACAAACUACCUUUCAAGCUGUGGUUAAGUUGAUUGUUGUUACAAAAUUGUGACUUGUCCUGAUUCAUUCUGGGGCUGCCUGUCCUAAAGUACUGACCAUGCUAUCACCUGGUAGUUAUCUGAAGAAAGCUAUGGCCUUGGAAAAAAAGAAUUAAAAUAUUUUGUUCUUUUGCAUAUACAUAAAUGUGUGU